AUGUCCGAAACAAAGAAGAAGGGACUUUUGAGUGGUCUGAUGCGCAGGAUUAGUAACGCACAGGGGAGCGGUAAGCUGGUGAAGGAUCCGCCAUCGAGACGGGCAAGCGAGGGCGACAUACCCGUACGAAGACAUCGGUCUGAUAGACCCGAUGUUAUUAAUUCUCGUAGGCGGCCGCGUCGUCCGGAUCCACGUGAUUCAAAAGGUAAAGGUAGGGAGCAGCCAAACGGCCACAGGUACGAACCGGCACCCUUGUCAGAAUGGCCCCCAUCCGGUAUCUCUAGGGAGGAUCAACUCACCCUCGGCCACGCAAUGGAGCUCAUCUCAAGAGGUGUUCCAGCGCACAAGGGGCAUAAACGGCCUAUCCCUCAUGCGUCAGAUCAUUACUUCGGUCUAUACACGACGACAGCUGGUAACCACGGUGAUGACAACGAUACCGUUAACCAGCAUGAUGCCAUGACCCAACUCACAACCCUCAGCAUACAAGGCUUCGGUCAACCUAAAUAUCCAUGGGAGACUCUUGAACAGCCAAGUCUGGCUUUUGGAUUCGGAAGACGGCCGGGUACUAUCACCCUAAAUCAUUGGGCAAAUAUAUUUAGCGCAAUCCCACCACCGAUCGGGCUUCGUGACCCUGGAGUUGUGCCGAGAGAAGUUGAUUUAGCUUCCAUAUUCGAACGAUUACAGGAUUUAGAGGCUGGAUUAGAAGAUGCGAAUGACGAAGUCUUAUAUCGUCUGUAUAAACGAUUUCUUAAAGACCCCGAUAAGCUCUUCAGCCCGCAUAAGACGAUGGAGAAGCAGAUUACGGAUUUGGUUAUGUGCCUUUCGAGCCCAGAUUGGAUUGAUUUCUCGAAUCCGAAGAAUCAGGUUGUCACAAAGUUUAUUUAUGACACGGGCCCCGAGAACCAGCAACAAUAUCAUAAAUUCUUCUACCAGUUACUCUUGAGCCUUGAACUAGAACUACGGAUCAAUUCGAAAAAGCAUCAGGAUCCGGCCAAGGAGAGACUUGUGGCGCAGAUACCACCGAGAAUCCAGUGGAAUUUGGCUCUCGCUAGGCGAUGGAGGGAUUUUGUGCGUAUCGAGGAUUACGGCGAGGAGCCAGAUCAGAUCAAACUACGGUUCAAGAUGAGAAGGAGACAGGUCAGCAUGUUAAAAAGAUUUGCUCAGAUGAUGAAAUGGCCGAACCUCGCCGACACGAUAAGCGAGCUCAAGCAGAGAGAUACUGAGGGGUCGUUGAUGAUCGUCAGUUCGCAUGCGAUGGCCUUCUUCAGCGGUCUAGUCUUACCAGGACCCACAUUCCCUUUUCUCAUUAUGAACUCUUUGAUCGAUAUCGACCCCGAUAAGGCGACUGACAAUCUUGCUUUGCUUACGCACCUUCAUCCCCACUGUGGCUUCCAGUACCGCAAUAGUUAUACUUACUGGAGAUCGGCCUGUAUCGUUGGCAAGGUACUAGCGCCGACAUGCCACGAGGUUGCUGGAUGGGUUGGUCCAGCUAGACCGACAAAAGACUUGGGACGCUCUCAGAUUGCCCGGAUUCGCUCGAAAAAGCCCCGACAGAAUAUUCUAACGCCAGAGGACGUAACUUCUAUGAGUGAUAGAUCGGACCCUUUGGGACCACGGUCUGAAAUUUACCCUGCUGGGGAUUACGAGUUGUUAAGACCUGACACGGAUGAUAUAGUCGAUACGGUCUUACUUGAGCAGGUUAUUCUCAAGGAAGCUACCGAUAAGCAGGAUUCGGGCCCUCAAUGGUUCGACGCGUCGAUACAGUUCGCUAUUGAUGGCGUGUCUUGGCCACUUCACCUUACGUUUGAUGUGUCGUUCAUCAAUGCUUGGCCGUGCUCCGACGGACCUCACCCUCUGUUCUUUGAUUAUGUCUAUACUCCCCGCAAAGUUGACGAGCUCGUAGAUAUCUUAGACUGGGGUAAACCUAAUUGUAGGGAAAGAAGUUUCCGUUCAACGCCAGCUGGCGGAAGCAAGCCGCCGGAAUUUGAACCCAUCGUGGGAGGGGACGACGCGGAGAGAGUCCUAGUGGUUGAGGCGUUCGGCGGCAGUGACAAUGAAGUCUUGGCGCGGGCGUGGUGCUCUCACUGGGGACUCAGCGCAGUAGUGGCGGAUAUUACCAAGACUUGCAUGGCGUGCGCUAUCCGCGAAGCUUACGCAGCAACCUUGACGGUUGUAAUUCUUGUUGAGGAUCAGCCGGGGGAUGCAGAAUAA